UCAACCAACGGGCGUCACGGAUAUUAUCCGGCUAAUUUACAUACUCAACGCCGCCCAGGGGGACGAACAUGUUAAUCCUACAUCGAUUGAAAGCUAACCGAAGGGUGGAGAGAAAAAAACAGCUGAAAGAAAGUUUAGACAAGAGAGGGUUGUUUUAAACAGGGGGAAGUGUUUCGACUGAAACGCGGAGACGCUUGUCGGGCUUUUCGCCCCACUUUUGAAAUACGACAUGGACGCUUUGAAAUCCGCUGGAAGGGCAAUUAUACGAAGCCCCAGUAUCGCCAAACAAUCCUGGGGUGCGGGCAGACACAGAAAGCUUCCUGAAAACUGGACGGACACGAGGGAGACCCUCCUGGAGGGCAUGGUGUUCCAGCUUAAGUAUCUGGGAGUGACGAUGGUUGAGCAGCCCAAAGGAGAGGAACUGUCUGCAGCUGCUGUCAAGAGGAUAGUGGCCACAGCUAAAGCCAGUGGAAAAAAACUCCAGAAAGUCACAUUAACAGUUUCACCCAGAGGAAUCAUUCUUUAUGACAGUGCCUCCAACCAGCUGAUAGAAAACAUCUCUAUUUACAGAAUAUCAUAUUGUACAGCAGACAAGAUGCAUGACAAAGUGUUUGCCUACAUUGUCCAGAGCCAGCACAAUGAGACCCUGGAGUGCCAUGCCUUCCUCUGCACAAAGAGAAAAAUGGCCCAGGCUGUAACCCUCACAGUGGCUCAGGCUUUCAGAGUGGCAUUUGAAUUCUGGCAGGCUGCCAAGGAAGAGAAAGAGAAGCGGGUGAAGUCUGGUUCAGAGGGAGAAGGUGCCAGUAACUCUCAGUCGGACAGUUCUGCCAGCUUGGGUAGCGUGAAAGGAGGAGAGGUAGCAACAGGAGAACUUCUGGAUUUGGCAGAGGGAGCAAAUGCGGUACUGUCCAACUCAGGAACAAAACAGACUGAAUCUGAUCCCUUUUUGGUGCAUAAUCACUCAACAGAGAACAACAAUAUUGUAUGGGAGUUGGAGGAUGGUCUGGACGAAGCUUUCUCAAGACUCGCUGAGUCUCGCACUAACCCCCAGGUCCUGGACAUUGGGGUAAACCCUCAGGAUUUCAACACUGAAGAGUGCCUGUCCCCAGGCAAAUGGGACCAAGACGAAGCAGACUUCGCUGCACAAAAAGACUCUUUGGGGUUCUGAUGUGAAGCCUCUGCUAUGAAGGAAAACCAGGGAAACUGAGGAGAAAUAGUGGUAAAACAUUGGUGGAAACUGAAGUGACAAAACCGAAAUUGUGACAUCAGUGUGUCUCCAUCCCUCUCCAAGUGCUGCCAAGUCCUCUCAGUGAGGCAGACAAGUAAGUUUUUGAUGCUUCUGCAUCGACACGACCAGAGAAGGACAAUACGAGCAGGGUGCUCACAGAACAAGCCAAAGCAAUACAAACCAACGUAUCCCUGAAAAUGCAGUCAUUUAAUGUUUGUUACAGUCAGCGUAUUACUUCCUUUGUUUUUUCAGUUUACCUAUUUGUAAUUUGUACCCGUUUAUAAUUUGUCUGUGGGAAUGGCAUGGUGUGUGAGUCAGUGAGUGUAUGGUAUAAAUGUACAAACUGAGGAGUGUGGGUUGAGUGGAUUUUUGGCGCAUAUGAGUCUUUAAGGUUAAGGUCUACAAUGAUGCUUAUAUGCAGAUAUUUGAAUUAAAGAGAUGGAGAUGGAUUACUGUAACACAGUGAACGGCUUCCAAGAAACCAGUUCAAGCAUUUGGCAAAAAAAUCAAGUUAAUAUCUGUCAAGAACUUAGCCUUUUGUUGGCUACAAAAGCUUUAUAAAUAAUUUGUUUGUAAGUCAGAGUGUUUGUGUGAGAAAAUGGAUAAUAAUAUAAUGACAAUCUUGUUUUUUUACGACACAAAAUCUAUUUUUGCACCCAGCAUUCAUCCUUUAAAAAGCACAUAUUUCAUGUAAGGGAACUUAAUUUCAGUAAGCAUCAGACAAAUUAUUCAGGCUACUAUACAGUGCUCUUGAAGUCCAAGGGGAUGAGUAUGUUUAGGGCACUUUACAAUUGUGAGUUUGUUAAUAUUGUAACAUUAACUUUUAGUUAACUAGGUUUUCCGUGGAUGGUUCCCAGUGUUAUUUUUGGCAUCUGUUCAUAUAUGAAUUUAAUUUAAUUCAUUAAUUUACAUAAAUUGCAGUUAAAGCCAAAAUGUGUUUGUGUCAUUUGUUAAAGAACUGCUCCACAUUUACGGCAGCUGGGCAGUUGGUGUAUUUUCUGGCAGUUCCCUGUUCUGGUUGAAACCAGCCUCAAAAAUCCAUGGAUACUCUUGUUAUUCUUUUUUUUUUUUUUUUUUUAAGAAAAUGGAAAAAAUUAGCAGUUUUCUUAUUUUUU